CAACACGGACUAUUUCAUAGGUUGCACACAGGAAGCGACAACAAGCGUUUUAUUAGAGUACAUGUGUCAGUUUGUGAUUUCCAGUCAAUGUAACGAGUGACAAUUUGGCAAAUAAUGAACAGUUACUGCCCUGUUUUUAUACUUCAGGCUUCGAAUUAACUGUAUAUUCCUUCUAGAACGCAAACGUUGUCAGGAAUUAAACAUUUUAUCCCUACAAACUAAAAAAUAAAGCGAAAAUUGCGAAUGUAGUUGGACUUCUUUGAUAACUGUAAGUUUUGUGAACUACAACAUAUGCUACAUUGGUCUGCCCUGUGUGGAUAUGUUGUUAUGAAAAGUUGGUGAGUUUAUAGAGAUAGCGUAACCUCAGGUCAGUGUGGUGUUAGGUGAACAUGGGAAAGAAGAGAGGAAAAGACAAAGGCUCAAGAGAAGAAGAAGAAUUUGAUUUUUCAGAAGGAAAAGAUGAAAAAUUGGACAAUCGUACAGAUUGCUGCCUCACCCUGGUCCUUCAUGUAGACACAUAAAGAAAGGAACUGACCAAACUCUUCUGAAGAAACUUAGUGGGAACUCUGACUGGAACAGCUGUCAGGACUGUAAUCAUGAGGAAAAUAAAGAAAAUAACAGCAACCUCCUGUCACACGACUCAGAAGACGAACAAGAAAUAGCAGCCAUAUGGAUGUGCUUAAAAUGUGGCCACAGGGGCUGUGGCCGAAAUUCUGAGAAGAAACAUGCGAUCAGACAUUAUGAGACUCCACGUUCUGAUCCACACUGCCUAGUGGUCAGUGUAGACAACUGGAGUGUGUGGUGUUACAUAUGUGAUGAUGAAGUUCAGUUCUCCAGAACUGGACAUUUGGCUCAGCUGUUAACUAACCUCAAAAAACACACCUCUGAAGAUUCCAUAAAGAGACCACAAAAAAGAGUUAAAGAGGAGGAUAACAUGAUGGAAGUGGAUCAAAAGACAGAAGCUGUAAAUGGACAUGAAAAUGAAGACAAGAAUAACAAAGAAAACAAGGACAACAAACAGAAAACGACUAAGAAAGAGGAGAAUUUGGGAAAAUCCCAGAAGUCCAUAAAAACUGACGCCAAAGCUGGAAUUCCAGUGAAGGGUCUGAGCAACCUGGGAAACACGUGUUUUUUUAACUCCGUCAUUCAGAAUCUCUCUCAAACGCUACUCCUGAGAAACACUCUCAAAAAGGUGACAGAAGAAAGCCUGGCUCUUCACGUCAAUCCUGGUGCUUUUCCAGAUUUGGAACCCGUCACGAUGCAGUUGGAUCAGCCUGGACCUCUGACUCUGGCUAUGUCUCAGCUCCUCAGUGAGAUCCUGGAAACUCUGAAGGGUGUGGUGACGCCACAGACCUUGUUUACACAAGUCUGUAAAAAGGCUGCCAGAUUUCGAGGCUUUCAGCAGCAAGAUAGCCAAGAGCUGCUGCGCUACCUUUUGGAUGGGAUGCGAGCUGAGGAGAUCAAAAGAAUUCGUUCAGGAAUCACAGAGGCUUUGAAACAGUCCAGGAAAAACACAGAUAAUGAUGAGAAGCUGAAAACAAUGGUUCAGGAAUAUGAACAACACGGACUCCUGAAAAACUUUGUUGACCAGGUGUUUGGAGGAGAAAUGACGAGCACUAUAAUGUGUCAGCAGUGUAGAACGGUGUCUGUGGUCACGGAAAUGUUUUUGGAUCUGUCUCUUCCAGUUUGUGAUGAGGCUUACAGGAAGAAGAAUACAAAAAAAGCAGGACAGAAGACUGCAGAUUCAAACCAAGAAGGAAGAAACAGUCCUGUCUUGACCAAUGGAACUGAGGACAUUCCCACUGGGGCUGGGAGUAAGUACCAGCAGAAGAAAGCAAAGAAGCAGGCAAAGAAACAAGCCAAGCAGCAGAAGAGGCAGCAAAAAUCGGAGGGUCAAGUCACCCUGGAUAGUAUCACUUCUCCAAGUUGUGCUGACAAUGAACAGACAGAAUCUUCUGCAGACGUCAACGGAGGGCAAGAUGAAGACAGUAAGGGCCAUGAAGAAAUACCUGAACAAAUCGCUGGUCCUGAGACCAGAGAACACACCCUGGACGUGGCACCAGCUGAGAAAGAAAGAGAAGAAGACGAGGACUCAGAAGCCGAACUGGGCUCGUCAGUUACUUCGGCUGUUAACAACCGCUUUGCAGCGUUGUCAAAAGAGCAGGAUUCAAAGGACAUCGUCCUAGAAAAAACCUCUGACACAGAGCAGAAGGAAGAGGAGGAAGCACAGCUGGCAAGUGAGAUGGAGAAAGUCAAUUUAGAUGAUACGACCAUCGAAGAAUCUGACACCGAGGAUCAGGAGAUGAAAGAGUACACUGUGGUACACCAGGACCCAGAGUUGGCUUUUAAAACCAUGGCUUCUAGAAAAGCCCCAGAGAAACAGGAAUGCUCGGUGCAGUCCUGCCUUUUUCAGUUCACAGAAGUGGAAACUCUGACACAGAACAACAGCCUGCUCUGUGUCACCUGCACUAAACAGCAGGGACAGAAAGAAAAAGCUGGAACACCCAAGAAGAAUGUCUACACAGAUGCUCUGAAGCAAAUGCUGAUCUCUUCUCCUCCACCGGUGCUGACGCUGCACCUGAAGAGAUUUCAACAGCAUGCAUUCAGUAUCUGUAAGGUUAACAGACAUGUGCAGUUUCCCAUGAUACUGGAUUUGGCCCCUUAUUGUGGAGUCAAGUGCAAGUCUGAACACAACACAGAAGAGGUUCAGAUUUUGUACAGUCUGUAUGGGGUGGUUGAGCACCGUGGAACAAUGAGAUCUGGUCACUACACAGCCUAUGUAAAAGUGCGACCUGAGCACCCCAGUCCCACAUCCAUCGGGAUUUCAGGAGACGGAAUAGAUCCAUCCGGCGGAUCCUGGUUCCACAUCAGUGACACAAGUGUCCAUUCUGUGAGCAGGAGCCAGGUGGAGAGUUGUCAAGCCUACCUCCUCUUCUACGAAAGGAUCGGGUGAAAACAACUGUGCCUCAUUACCACUCAGGAAGUGAAUGAAAAUCUGUUGACCUGCUUCCUUCUGCUGCUGCUGAUCUCAUCUCAGCUUCUUCAUUUGAUCCCCAACUUCAGUGUGACUUGGGUGACAUAAAACUGAUAAAGGUUCACAAAGGAUUUUUAACAAUUUGACAUAUUAAUCCAAUUUGUGUCCAAGUAUCUCCCAGGUAUUUAAAGGCCCAUUUCUAUUUUUCUCACACACGUUUAGGGAACAGAAAAUGUGGAAAAUAAAAGUCAAAUCAGACUACAAUCUGAGAGAUAUGUCUAUUAUUACUGCUGUUUACUCUCAGGAGAACAAAAAA